CUACUGUAUUCCAUCAAACACUAUUAUCAAAUUUUUCAAUAUGUCUCUUAAGGUCGUCGUUGUUCUUGUUGCCUUCGUCGGCGUGAUUGCCGCUCAGCAUUACUAUCAGCCUCAGCAACACUAUCAACCUCAACACCAUGAGGAGGAACACCACGGUCCAGUUCACUACGAAUUCAAUUAUGACAUCCAUGACGAUCACACCGGAGAUGUCCAUGGACGCAAGGAGGCCCGCAAGGACGAUCAAACUCAGGGAGAAUACUAUCUGAUCGAUGCCGAUGGUCACAAGCGUACCGUUACUUAUCACGUUGAUGGCAAGAGCGGAUUCAUCGCCCAGGUUCACCGGGAACCAAUCAAAGGAUACCAGGCACCACAACAGGUGCACAAGGUUAUCGCUGCUCCUGUUCAUAAGAUUCUGGCCGCUCCAGUGCAUAAAGUGUUGUCAGUUCCAGUGCACCAUGGACAUUACUACUAG